GGAGGUUGGGGGGUAAGGGGGAGGAGAGGCAGACGGCUACCGGAGCUUAAGAGGAGAGGUCCAGCGGCCCCAGCUAAGAAGAAGGGCUGAAAGGUCUGCCACAGUGGAGUUAGUAGGAGACCAGAGAGCAGAAGAAGUCUAACUCCCAAAGGAAUCUAAGAUCCAAGUGAAACGACUGGCCGAGCUUAUCCAUCCAGUGAAUGGUGCUGAGUUUCAAACCCAAGUCCUCUGCCUACAAAUCCAAGACGCUUCCCAUUGUUCCACACUGUUCUUUGUUCUAUCAAAGGCGCUGACUGACGUGCAGAAAAGAAAUGAGGCAGUUGCUGUUGCCCCUGGCCCUGUGGCUUAGUGCCCUGGGGCCCACAGGAACCAGGGGAGAUGAGCUCUCAGUGCCACAACAACGGGGCUUGCAGGUGGCUUUGGAGAAGUUCCAUAAUCACCCACCUGUGCAGUGGGCAUUCAAGGAGAUUGGUGUGGACAGUGCCAGUGACAUGUCAUUCCCCGGAGGGACAUUUGUUCGACUGGAGUUUAGGCUCCAGCAGACCAGCUGCCGAAAGAAGGACUGGAAGAAUGCUGAGUGCAAGGUUAAGCCCAACGGGCGGAAGAGGAGCUGUUUGGCUUGCAUCAAGUUUGAUUCCAAGGACCGGAUCCUGAAACAGAUGAUUCACUGCCCCAUUGGGCCCCCGUGGGGUCAAAGGGAUCCUGAGGGGCAGCAGGAAAGCCAGUGCACUCAAGUGGAAAGAGCCGGUGAGGAAGCCCACAGCUAUUACUUUCCUGGCACAUAUGCCUUUUCUAGAAGUCACAGCUCUGGCUGAAUUCUAAGCAGGGUGCUACCUUGCUUUCAAUCCCUUUGAAAACUGGUGAAUAGUGCGAAGGCUCCCAACACCCCUCCCUACCCAUCAGGGCAAGCACCCCCUAUUCCACCUCACCUGGGAGAAGAGGCCAGACCCUACUAACCCUGUACACAGCACCCUUGUUCCUUCCUGUCUUAAAUAAAACUUCCAGAAACUUUGUGCUCCCUA